GACUUUUAACUUUACCUCUUCUGUGUGGGUGUGGUGCGGAGUAAGGCCAUCUGCCCUCCCCAGUCCCCCGACCCUCGCCUCCAACUCCGAUCCGCCGAAGCUGCUCUCUCGUCUGGAAGCGGCCAUGGAUUUUAAAACGAAUGCGGAUCAAGCUUGUAGAGCUGCUGAAGAGUUUGUCAAUAUUUACUAUGACACUAUAGAUAAAAGAAGACGGGUACUGACUAGAUUGUACCUUGAUACAGCUACUUUGAUUUGGAAUGGAAACCCUAUAUCUGGACUAAAUGCUUUGACUGAAUUUUUUGAGACAUUGCCCUCCAGCGAAUUUCAGAUCAGUGUAGUAGACUGCCAGCCUGUUCAUGAACAAGCCACUCAGAGCCAAGCAACUGUCCUCGUGGUGACCUGUGGGGCAGUGAAAUUUGAUGGAAAUAAACAGCGCUAUUUCAACCAGAAUUUCCUGUUGACCGCUCAAGUCAUGCCAAAUAGCACCGUAUGGAAAAUUGCGAGUGACUGCUUCCGUUUCCAGGAUUGGUCAAGUUAGGCCUGGCCAGAAAUGGGACUCUCUCGUCCCCGGCCUAAAUGCCCCAGCAUUCUCUCUUUAAAAUGUUUGAAAUUCAUUCAUGUUCUCCUGUUGUCCAGCUCAUUUCAGAAGUGCUGUAAACCCAGAGUGCACCAGAGGUGAUAAGUCUUUUAAAAUGAUUUAAAUCUCUAGAAUAGCAACUCGUGGGGACACUCUUAAAAGUUUGUACCAUGCCUUUUAAAGACUCUGAUCCUGAAAUGCUGACUGUUUACUAUUUGUUAAAAGGGAAACUACACCAAGAUAAACUUGAUCCAUCACAAAAAUGGAAUUCUUUUUUGACAUAGUGCCCUCUCGUUACUUUAACAUCACAUCAUGGGAUAUACAGGGUUAAUACUAUACAUACCUCCUUUCAAUAAAUGGUGACAGUAGCCUUAGCCUAGGAACCAUCAAAGUCAGGACAAUCGAAACACUGCUUGUUUUUACUUGCUGGGUUUUCAUAACUACUCAGAUGUUCUGGAAAUGUAUAUUGUGAAAUGAUGUUCAAAUUGAUUUUCAAUGAAUUACAAAGUUAAUAUUAAAAACCAGAUAUAUUUGAAUAAAAGUUUGAAUGCACAAAUGUCA